UGACUGCUUGUUUUUCGACUUCGCUCUCACCUGUUUCUUCCUCUCUACCUACCUCCUAACCACAGCGUAACCUAUGCUAGACUAGCUGUUGCCAGCUUUCGCCAGCACUACCGCCAUGGGCGCUGGCGCCAUGCACGCUGGCUCCUAGCGCCAGUGCGCGUGGCGACAGCGUGUGGCACCAGCGCGCGAUGCCUGACUCCUGGCGCGCUGACUCCAGGCGCGCUGGCACCCUGGCGAGCUGGCGCCCUGGCGCGCUGGCACCCUGGCGAGCUGGCGCCCUGGCGCGCUGGCCUGUUGGCGCCUUGGCGCCCAGGCGCGCAGUCGCCCUGGCGCUGGCGCCGUGGGGCGCUGGGGUGCCUGGCGUGCUGGCCCGCAGGCGCCUGGCGAGCUGGCGCCCUGGCGCAUUGGCCCGCUGGCGCCUUGGUGCCCAGCCGCGCUGUCGACCUGGCGCGCUGUCGCCCUGGCGCUAGCGCCCUGGAGCGUUGGGGCGCCAGGCGCGCUGGCCCGCAGGCGCGCUGGCGUCCUGGCGCGCUGUCGCCCUGGCGAGCUGGUGCCCUGGUGCGCUGGCCCGCUGGCGCCUUGGCACCCAGGCGUGCUGUCGCACUGGCGUGCUGUCGCCUUGGCGCCCUGGCGCUCUGCCGUGCUGGCGCCGAUUGCUGCCGGUGUGUCAGCUGUGGAUGGCGCAUUACUACUACCUGCAGAUGCGCUAGUCGUUGGAAGGAAUGCUGUUAGAAAAGAUCUCUGGAUUCCAACUGUGCUUUUUAGCUACAGUAGGCUGCUACAUCACAUAGCAUGUUUCAAUUGCUUCUACUUGUCGCCUUUCUUUCUCGUGAUGCAUUUUUGGGUCCAAGUGUUGUGUCGCUGCCAUUUGCUUUGCGUUGCUGCCCUUCUCCAUUCUUCUACUGCUUGCUUGAUACACAGGUAGUGCAUUUUGUGUAUGCAAUAAAAAAUAUUGUACUGA